AUGAAGUCCGACCCCGUGAUCGAAAGGAUUAAGACCCGCGUGGCUGGAGUGGAUCCCAAUGGACCCAGGAAGGUUCUCGGUGUCUUCCAGCUCAACAUCAAGGCUGCCGAUGGAGUGCACAAGUGGAUUGUGGACUUGAAGGCCCUCACCGUGAAUGAGGGCACCGUGGAUAAUCCCGAUGUCACCCUCAACGUUGAAGAUGAAGAGUUCUUCCUCAUUGGCACAAAGCAGAUCACCGUUCCAGACGCUGUUGCCCAGAAAAAAAUUGAAGUAAUCGGAGAUCAGUCACUGGCCAAUGCUCUCAUUGAGCAGCUCAACAAGUAA